AUGCAUGUGCAUGUCCUCGGCGUGGGUGCGCUUGGCACGUUGGUGGCGACGCACCUGCGUGCAUCUGUGAGGCAGCGGCUCAUGCAGGUCUCACGCUCACGCGUUUCUCGCUGGCUCGUGCCACAGCAUGUCGCGCCGUACCUGCCAGACCCGGCGCGGACGAGCCUCACACUGCACAUGCGCGACCGACCAAUGAUGAUGCCAGCACAGGGAACAAGUUUCCACCUCAGCGUGGAGCGCGAUGGCGUGCCGAUGACCGAGCACGGAUUCCAGCUCGAACUCGUGUCGCCUGUGGACCCGGCGCAGCCGCGCCUGCUCGUGCCCGAUGCGGACGGCGUGCCACGCGAGGCGCCAGGCGUGCCGCCAGCGCCGAUCGACAGUUUGAUUGUCGCUACCAAGGCCGAUGCGACUUUAGCAGCGCUGCGCCCCCUCAUCACACGCAUUACGCCGGCCACGACGGUUGUGGUACUGCAGAAUGGCAUGGGCGUGCUAGACCAGCUCAUUGAGCGUUUGUGGCCGCGGCCCGAACACCGGCCCCACUUUAUCCUGGCGAGCACGACGCACGGGUGUUACCUGAAGCGCCCGCUACACACAGUGCAUGCAGGUUUUGGCUCUGUCUAUCUGGGUGUAGUGCCCGGCACCCAUGGCGCGGUGGAGCGGCCGCUGCCGUCGAGUUCCAAUACCAUGGACCCUGAGCUUGACUUGGCGGCGAUCCCCGACACACACGCGACAUACUCACUGCGCUCGACGCUUGCGCUUCUGCUGUCGCUCCCACUCGAUGUGCGCUGGGAGCGCAUCCGCAUGUUCCAGCUACGAGCACUGCGAAAGCUAAUUGUCAACGCGUGUAUCAAUCCGACGACAGCGCUUGUCGACUGCAAGAAUGGCGAGCUAUUUGGUGCGAGCUCCGCGCUUGAACUCUUCCGAGCGCUGUGCACAGAAGCGAGCCAGGUGCUAGAAGCGCAUGCGCGGGACGCGAAAGCGGCGCAGACAAGCAGCGAGGCGGACGUGGCGCAUCUAAGCUCGCUGCCACUCGCUGAUCUACUUACACAGACCGAUGCCGAUGGACUGCCACUGCUCGACGCAUCGCUACAGCCGGCAUCAAUGCUACACGAGGUCGAAAAUGUUGUGCGCGCUACGGCCACCAACUGGAGCAGCAUGCACCAGGAUAUCCGCAGCCGGCGAGGACGGACUGAGAUUGACUAUAUCAAUGGCUACCUGGGCGAGUUGGGCCGGGCAUAUGGGAUUCCGACGCCAGCCAAUGACUUGCUCACACAUCUGGUUAAGCUCAAGGCGCAGCGCACGACGGGAUCGUGGCAGGUACCCAGCAUGUAG